GACUGACAGUCGCCAGGAGGAGGAGGUGUGUCGCUCUGAGUGACCGCAACAGACCCUAGUGACCCGUAAUUUUGCCAUAUAUUGUGCAAAUUUCAUACAUAAUGCGUAGCCCGAAGAAACAGUAUUCGCAUACGAUCAGCCGGAAGCGAUUAGAAAUGAUGAAAAAAAGCUAAAGAAAUGAAGGCAGUAGCAGGUAGAACCGAUGACUCGUGGUCGCCAUCACAACACUUACCAAGACCAACACAUUGUUUACUGCUGGGAAAUAACUGAUGUUUCUGAAACCCAGUCAAUUGUUGAACAAGUAAAGCAAAGUGUAAGAUGACCUGUGUAGCCAGCACCUCGAUGGCCACCCCAGAUGCCGGCAGCAUCACCGUGGCCACCCCAGAUGCUGGCAGCAUCAGCAUGGCCACCCCAGAUGCUGGCAGCAUCACCGUGGCCACCCCAGAUGCCGGCAGCAUCACCGUGGCCACCCCAGAUGCUGGUAGCAUCACCGUGGCCACCCCAGAUGCUGGCAGCAUCACCGUGGCCACCCCAGAUGCUGGCAGCAUCACCGUGGCCACCCCAGAUGCCGGCAGCAUCACCGUGGCCACCCCAGAUGCUGGCAGCAUCAGCAUGGCCACCCCAGAUGCUGGCAGCAGCACUGUGGCCAUCCAAGAUGUGGCCACCCCACGUGACCAUGGCAGACCUAGAGGAAUGAAGCGUAAACUAGGUGACUCAUCUGUGGCCACCACCACCACCAUUGUGGCCACAGUGACCACGCCUUCACCCAUAUAUACAUCUGUCUUGACCACACCUGUGGUUACAUAUGUGACAACCUCGCCACAAAUAACCAUAUUUUCUGCGACCACCCCAGACGUGGCCACUCUAGACAUGGCCACCCCAGAUGUGGCCACCACUGUCCCCAGCUCAGCCGUCACCAUCUCAGCUGACCACAGUUCAGCUGACCCCGUCUCAGCCGUCACCAGCUCAGCUAACCCCAGUACAUCUACUGUCUACAGCUGGAGACGGUGAAAUAUUUGUUGAAAGUGCUAGUGUACAUGAUAUAUCAAGUGCUACAUGGUGGAAUGUGUCCAUCUACUUAUUGUUUUAGCAGCACAACUCACUUGGUGCUUAGUAGACAAAGUUGUAGUGGGUGAUCUUGUGAGUGACGACAACGUUACCUUCUUGGAGUUUGAAGAUGUUGCUACCCAGGUCAGUCUCAAGUUGAGGAUUGACUGCAAAGUGGGACAAAGCAUCUGUGACUUCGAGGAAGAACUUUCACACUCCCCAUGCUGAAGUCUUACUGUAUCCGCCUUAGAAAAAGAUAUCAGAGGAAACGUUUCGCCAGCCAAUAUAUGUUCAUUCCAGUAAAGAGAUGUUACUACAAUAAAGAUACCCAUGUGUUGCACAAAA